AUGGGGAACAUCGCGUGUGUCCCGCAGGCACCUGGGGGCUUCAGGAGCUCCUUCCGAAGGAAGCCUUCGCUGAAGAAAGCACAAAAUGGCAAGAAAAAACUGCCCAGCUUUUUUGGUCUGGAAGGAGGGCAGGAGAGAGACACGACCACAGACAAAAUCCUGCAGUAUAUUCCAGCAAAGAUCAUUCAGAACCAGGAAAACCAGAAAGAAAACUUGGACCAGAGGUUCCCCAGCCUGUUCAAGAAGGGACGAAGGAAAACGACUGUCAGGAAUCUGGGAAAAAUGAUCUAUUACUCCAAGGUCAAGUUACGGUUCCAGCACUGCCAGGAGGUCAACGACUGCUUCUUGGAGCUGUUCCAGUCCUACCUGUUCUUCCAGUCCAUGGGCUCCAACGGACUCACCCACCAGGAGCUGCUGCCCCUGAAGGAGCUGAACGUGUGUGAGAUCGAGGCUGGGAAGGGCCCUGGGCAGCAGGAUCACACUUUCCUCAUCACAGGUCCUCGGCUGAACCCCCUUAUUGUGUUUUGCCCCACUGAGUCAGAGCUGAAGCAGUGGCUUUAUCACCUGGAGAAGCAGAUCCAGCUGAACGGAGGUGGCCUCGCCUUGCCCUUCGUCCCUCAGAACGGCUGGAAGCAGAGCUCCAUGGGGAAGGAGGAGCUGCGGUGGUGCAUGCAGCACAUGCCUAUCCAGGGGUGGAAUGGGACUCAGAGGGAAUCCCUGGGCCGUGUCCUCUGUGCCUCCGAAGUGAAGCUUCAGCAUCUGCCAUUCCAGGAGCAGCACGACCGGGUGUUGGUGCUUUAUGCCUCCACACUGGUGAUAGUUUCUGAAGAGCAUAACGGCUUCUGGUUUAAGGGCGAGCUGCCCCUCAACGCCAUCCAGGUGCUUUUUGAAGAGAACGAGAAAACCUCCUUUUUAAUCGAAGGCCGGCUGAUCAAUUCGAUCCGGGUGAGCUGCCGCAGCUACGAGGAUUACCAGGAGUGGCUCUACUGCCUCAACACGGCCCAGUUUCGAAACGCCGACUCCUCCCUCUCCGGAUCCGAGAGUUUCUCAGGAUCAAAGCCGCCACACCCCAGCCAGUUCACCAGCAGCGGGAGGGGGUCCCUCACCUCUGACGGCCUCACAAACUCCUGGGCGUCGGGGGGCAAAGUGACCACCGUGACCCACCUGUCCCAGACCAGCGGCUCCCUGCCCGACGGACACUCCUUCCUGCUGAUGCCUGAGGGCAGGCUGCUCGAAGAUGCCCUCUCCUCUGGCUAUUCCCAGCCCCUCCACUGCCUGGCACAAGCCAGUUGGCCAAGCACAGGGCUGCCCACACAGGACCUGCGGAGAGGGGGCAGCGCCAGGAAAUCCAAGGGCAAAUGUGGGCCGUGCAUCCAGCAGCUGCCCAGCCAGGACUCGGAGAGGAGCAUCUGCAGCCUCAUUCCUGAAAAUCCCAGUGCUGAACUCCCGUCCCCGGAGUACAAGGAGCCGUACUCGGCACACAACUCACAGCGUCACCCUCCAGCUCCCCCGUCACAUCUCAGCAAUCUGAACAGAUGGAGCUCGGUGGGAAGGCAGCCCUCCCGAGCUUCCAGCUCCCUGGAAAAGCCGGCCAUGCCCCUCUCCCGCUUGUACGCUGAUCCCUACGCACCCAGCUCCCCCAGUGCUCCCAGUGGGGCAGGUUCCACCUUCCUGGAAGAGUUCCUGCAGUGCCACAGGCAGACGGGUCCAGCACAGGCAAACGGGUGCCCAGCAAUCCCUGCACCCCAGCAGCACCUCUCUCUGGAGAAAUGGAACUGCCAGCCCCUGCCAGGUGGCCACUGCAGAGAGGUGCCCACAGCUCCCACUUACAGCACCCCUGGCACCUCCCGCCGGCUCCAGCUGCGGGCACAGGCUGAAGCUGCUUACCUUGAGGAGAUCUCUUCUCUGCCAGAGGAACAUCUGGGCCCUCCAUUGCACCCACCAGAUGGGAACGUCGGCACGUACGACCUGCCGGAUUCCAGGUGCCGGCGCCGCGACUCCGCCGCCUUCCACGACUACGCCGAGCUCCAGAGCUUCCACAGUGACUUCAGCUAUGACAACCUGUGGGAAGCUGAGGGGAAGGAGCCAGGCACCCCACACACCUCCCCAUCUCCUGUCCAGCAGAUUUACCAGGUCUAAGGGAUGGUCUCCACAGCCAGGCACAGAAAGGCCACCCCCACCCCCCUGAGCUCUUUUCUCGCUGGGCUUCUCUCCAGAU